CUGGAUGCAGAUUGAGCAGUAGCUGCCUCUUCCCUUGCUUUCCCCCCAGCAGUUUUCCAGAGCAGGCUACCAGUGACUCUGGCGAUGGAAGCCGACAGCAACAGCUCCUCUGGGAGCUUCAUUCUGAUGGGGAUAUCUGACCACCCGCAGCUGGAGAUGCUCUUCUUCGCAGUCAUCCUCUCCUCUUACCUGUUGACGCUGCUUGGGAACUCAACUAUCAUCCUGCUUUCCCGUCUGGAUGCCCGGCUCCACACACCCAUGUACUUCUUCCUCAGCAACCUCUCUUCCUUGGACCUUGCCUUUACUACCAGCUCAGUGCCCCAAAUGCUGAAAAAUCUCUGGGGGCCAGACAAGACCAUCAGCUAUGGUGGGUGUGUAACUCAACUCUAUGUUUUCCUUUGGCUGGGGGCCACUGAGUGCAUACUGCUCGUGGUGAUGGCAUUUGAUCGUUAUGUGGCAGUUUGCCGACCCCUGCACUAUAUGACCGUCAUGAAUCCACGGCUCUGCUGGCUGCUGGCUGCUAUCAGCUGGCUGGGGGGCUUGGGCAACUCUGUGAUUCAGUCAACAUUCACUCUGCAGCUCCCAUUUUGUGGACACCGGAAGGUGGACAACUUCCUGUGUGAGGUACCCGCCAUGAUUAAAUUGGCCUGUGGAGACACGAGCCUCAAUGAGGCUGUGCUCAAUGGUGUCUGCACUUUCUUCACUGCUGUCCCGCUAAGCAUCAUCCUGAUCUCCUACUGCUUCAUCGCUCAGGCAGUGAUGAAGAUCCGCUCUGUGGAGGGACGUCGGAAGGCCUUCAAUACCUGCCUGUCCCAUUUGGUAGUGGUCUUCCUCUUCUAUGGCUCGGCUAUCUAUGGGUAUCUGCUUCCAGCUAAGAGCAGUAAUCAGGACCAGGGCAAAUUCAUUUCUCUCUUCUACUCUGUGGUCACACCCAUGGUGAAUCCGCUCAUCUACACUCUAAGGAACAAAGAGGUGAAGGGGGCCCUGGGAAGGCUGCUGGGGAAGGGAAGAGAAGCCAGCUGA